UCACCCGGAAGUGGAAGGAGGAGGAGACUUAUAGUGUUGUUGCCGGAAAAGGUCUUACGACAACAUGCCUUUGACGAAAUCAUCAACUCACUUCUGGUCGGACGAGGAGUCCAGGUUCAUGCUGAACCAAGUAAAAGAUCUGAAUAUUUUAAAAUUUAUGGAUGGGCGCAAGACGAGGAACGGAUAUCUGUUCAAAAAGAUGUCCACUAGGAUGGCAGAAGCCGGCUUCAUCCGGACGCCGGAGCAGAUCAGAAUAAAAUGGAAAAACAUACGGCAGGCAUACAAUAACGCCAAGCAGAACAACUCAAGUGGACAAGAGCGGGUCAGUUGUCCGUUCUACAGCAUUCUGGAUGAUCUUCUAGGGAAGCGAACUCUGUCGAACUCUGCCGGACAACAAGGGUUGGAUGUCGGUUUCGAGGCAGCUAACCAAGUAAAAAAAACGGAGAUCAGGGAAGAAAUAAAAACGGAGUUGGAGGAAGAAAUCGAAACGGAGAUGGGGGAAGAAAUAAAAACGGAGAUGGAGGAAGAAAUCCAAGCUGAGAUGGGGGAAGAAACAUCAACAGAGAUGAGGGACCUCGAAGAAACAAUGGGCAGCACCACACAGCAGCGCGAAGAUGACUCUCCAAGCACGUCAACUGAAAGCACGAGGAGAAUUCCCCCACUUCAGAAAAACUCUGAGUUACCUGGCACAAGUGUCCAGCCGCCCGGUCGGAGGAUGCAACGGCAUACAAGGGAUGUCGACAUAAUUAGCCAACACAUGGCAGAAAUGAGGGAGUUCUGGAGGGAGCAGCUGAAGGAAAGCGAUGCUUGGCAGGAGCGAUUGCUGACCACCAUUAUGGACAACAACACAACCAUGGUUGCAGCGCUUUUGGAGGGAAUCAAGAGCUUGAGGCCACCGGCACCCCUAUCCCCACGUGUGUGUCAGGUGGUUGUAAACCGUGAAGAGGAGAGUGAUGAGGCUGUUGAUGGGCUCUAAUCCUGUCUGUGCCCCUCCUCCAUAACCUUAAAUUACUCUUCAGGGAUCCACCAGGGGUAAAUGUCACAGAGCCUUGUUAAAAGCAGAUAUUUCAGCUCUAUGAGCAGGGGAAUCACUUGGGAUUCUUGACAGCUCAACAGCUUUGUCAUUGAUCCGAUUUGGAUCAAUUUAUGGGCAGAAGAAAUAAUGAGUGUUAUAUAUUCAGAUACAUUCAUCAUCAAUGUAGUUUACAAGAUGUAAAAACAUCACGUUAGUGAUGCAUUUGGUUAUCAGUCGAUUACAGAUUUUGAAAUCAAAUGACUUAAAAGGACCAAAAUGCACACAAACAGCAAUAAUCAAAAUCAACCAGGUUUACCUGAUUAGAUAUAUUUUAUAACCAGUCAACAUUAUCAGUAUAAUGUUAUAGGGAGCCGUGCGCUGGUAAUAUUUGGUUGGAAUGUGCAAUCUAGCUUCAUUUUGCAAACAGCCGCCAUUUUAUUAAUUAAGGGUUGCUGGUCUCGGGAGACAGGGCAGGACAUUGAGCAACCGAAAGGCUCCCUUGCAACUUCUUUGUUUCAUCCUGGUUUUGUUGCCCCCAGACACCUGUCCCACCAGCUUGUUUGUACGGUUCAGUCCUCCAUGCGUCUGAUUGUGAGUCAUUGCUUUGAAAGUGAGUGGCCUCAGUGGUUAGAAAACGGUCACAUUUACUAUUUUAAAUAUGGUGUUGCCUGUUUUUAUUUUUCCGUGGCGUGGCGGCAAUUGAUGUGUUUGCAUGGGUGAAUGCGCUCAUGUGUUUGAAUGUGUAAGUUUGUAGUUUGUGUUUGUCUAUUUUAUCUUAACACAACAGAUGGAUGUUACCAGUGAUGUGUAUUCAAAAUCCACCUGUGGAGAAUAAAAAGCAUGAGCUGUAACUAAACGUUACAAUUUGACAGUAUACUGAGGAGUUCUAUGUAUGAUCAAUAUCAACAUUAUUCUACUACGGAUUUUUUUUUUAAUCAACUACAGUAAAUCACUGAUCUUUCGAGUUACUUACCCUGGCACAUGUUCUGGCAUUUCUUCAGACUGGUAGGUUCUCAACACAGUGGGUGUGUUAACAAGUAUAAAUAAACUCUGCCUUCUUGGUGCUAAGCGUGGUCGGUUAUUGUAACUUUAGCCAAAUAACGCAAAGAA